UAACGCGUGUCAGCACUUAUCUAACAUCUAUAUAUAAUAUUAUGACAAUAGUCUCUGCUACAUAAAUACUUAUACAUAUGCUUAUAUAUACAUAUAAGUAGAGAGACAGAGAGAAAGAGGCAGGCAAAGAUAAUAUAAGUCUGCGAAUUAAAAUGACAUAAUUUCUGAUAUAAUAAUUAUUCGAGAAAGCAGUCAGAAGUCAUCACGGCUGAAGACGCAUUCUGGUGUGUUACAAUUCAAAUAAGAUAAAUAAGAGGAAAAGAAGCAAUUCCUGAAGUAAACGACAAUUAUACAGAAGUUAUGGAGUUACCAUAUCAUUGGUUUAUAAAACCGUACGACCAACCAGUUGAACGAGAAUGUUAUAAUAUGUUUUUCAAUCCGAACAUUUGUCACGUUUGCAAAAGAAGACUUGGAACAUGUGAACUUAUUAAAGUAUGCAAGUGCAAUUUGAUUUCCUAUUGCUGCGAUGAACACAAAAGAGUACAUAAAAAUCGACACCAAGACCUUUGUAACGCUAUACUUAAAGUGAACGGCCAUAAGGUGCUGUGGGACACUUGCAGUACAAAUAUAGUCGAAUGGAUCGAUACAAAGAAGAGAUUAUUAGGAUUGGUUGAAAAGGAAUUACAACGUGAAUUGGCACAUUAUGAGACAGAGAUAUUCUUAUUCGUAAAAUCAUGUUUUAUUUGCUACGGACCACCCGAUAGGGAGGGAAAUUUCUGCAGAAAAUGCCACUGCAUCAACUAUUGUGAUGCUCAUGAAAACGCAUUACACAUGCAUAAGUAUUAUUGCUCGCAAUUGGAAUUAAGUCUCUCUCUGGAUUUGGGUUCUAUCGAGUGUCUUGAAUACCCAAGAAUGCAAUUUAUUAUUGAUUUCCCUAACUCGGACGAACACCUUUGCGACAUGAUCGAGUUUGUAAAACAAUAUGUGCUCCUACCGGAGCAAGAUACUUGGUUGAUACAUGAGUUCAUGUUCACUGAUUAUGCGACGGGACCGCUAACAGUAUUUUACGGGAUAACGGAAAUGCAAUUGAUUGAUCGUUCGUCGAAAAAGACUAAGCCUUUUAUCAUCCACGUAAUUAAUGCAAAGAUCAUAGACACGUAUAAUUUGCCAGCUUGGGAACUUGUCAUGCAUCUUUUCAAAACUUCUUUAGUAGUAGUAUUGAUAGGGCACAAGUUGGAAAGAGAAUAUGACGCAGUUAGUGAUCGUGAAUAUGUUGACGUUUGUGAGUUGUGUAAAAGCAGAUCCAACACGCUUCUAAUCGAAUUUUAUCGUACAUUUUACGACGAUUAUGUGAACAAGAAUCGGUUCUACAAACCGCCAAAUUUAAUUGUGGGGUUUGAAAUUAAAUUUGAAGUCCUUGAAGGCUGGUUGAAAUGUAUACAAGCAAUACAGUCACAAGAUUGUCCAUUAUUUCUGACUACUAAAUCACGAUACGAUUCGGUAGAAAAUAUGAGAAGCAUAAAUAGAAUUUUGGAUGAUAUUAUACAACCUUUCUAUCAUACUGCAAAUAAAUUCUGUAGUUACGCAGCACAUAGAGACCUUGACACUGGGUCUACUUAUGUUCUUAAUAAACAAUUAAUAAUCUACAAGAACUUAUGGAAAAUGAAUAGAGUGAGUGCAGGUAUAAAUUUAUAAGAUUGUACUAAUAUAUACGUCUAAUUACAUAUAUUUUGGUAACAUUGUUGUAAAUGAUAUAGAGAGUGAGUUAUUUUUAUGAUUAGACUAUGAGUUUUUUUAUAGAAUAUUUAUACUUGUAGUAAUUAUAUUAUUUUUCACGUAAAAAUAUCAUCGACUGUACCUGUGAUGAUUGCAAUAAUUUUACAAUUUAACGUGAUAUGCAAAGUUACGUGAUACAUAAGUUUCUAAACGAAGUUUCAAAGACGUCCUAUUGUAUUUAGACCUCUAUUACAUAUCUCUCAAAUGUCUGGAAGCUUAAAAACAAGAUUAAGUUGUUUUACUGUAAACUGCAUAAAAUUUAUAUACAUGAUUACGUUAAAAAAAUUAAUUAAUAAUAUAUAAUAAUGUUGAUACGACGUUGGAAACUAUAUAUUGUAAUAUGUUGUACGCUAUUGAAUAUUGUAAUAACUAUUAAUGAUUUCUUUGUUUAUUAGGCGUAUUACAUAUAUAUAGAAUUUUAUUACUUCCUUUAAGAUAUCGAUUUUUGCCUCCAUAUUAAAUAACAUUUUAAUCUUCAAUAUCAAUAUUAAAUUAAUAAAUAAUACACAUCUGCUAGCUUUAUUCUAUCUCGUCAGAAUCCGUUAGAAAGUCUCAGAAGAGCAUAUUUUGAAUAGAAUAAUAACAAACAAAACAGUAUAUUUGCACAAUGUAGCGCUCCCAUCUGCCUAAAGUCUUCGAAUAUAAGCAAAGCAAAAUGGUUUAUUGCGUGUCAGUGCCUACCUAACAUCUAUUUAAAACAUUAUGUCAAUAGUCUUUGCUACAUAAAUGAUUAUACAUAUAAGUAGAGAGACAAAGAGAAAGAGGAAGGUGAAGGUAAUAUAAGUCUGCGAAUUGAAAAGACAUAAUCUUUAUGAUAUAUGAUAACGAGAAAGCAGUCAGAAGUCAUCACGGCUGAAGACGCAUUCUGGUGUGUUACAAUUCAAAUAAGAUAAAUAAGAGGAAAAGAAGCAAUUUCUGAAGUAAACGACAAUUAUAUAGAAGUUAUGGAGAUACCAUGUUAUUCGUUUAUAAAACCGUACGACCAACCAAUUGAACGAGAAUGUUAUAAUAUAUUAUUCAAUCCGAACAUUUGUCACGUUUGCAAAAAGAGACUUGGAACUUUUAAAUUUAUCAAAGUAUGCAAGUGCAGUAUGAUUUUCUACUGCUGCGAUGAACACAAAGAAAUACAUCAGAAGCAACACCAAGAUCUUUGCGACGCUAUAAUUGAAGUAAAUGUCCAUAAGGUACUGUGGGACACUUGCAGCAGAAACAUAGUCGAAUGGAUCGAUAGAAAGAAUAGGUUAUUAGAAUUGGUCCAAGCAAAACUGCAACGUAAACUGAAAUUAUAUGAGAGACAGAUAUUCUACUUCAUAAAAUCAUGUUUCAUUUGCUACGGGCGACCCGAACGGAACGGAAAUUUCUGCACAAUAUGCUACUGCAUCAACUACUGCAAUGCUCAUGAAAACGCGUUACAUGCGCAUAAGUAUUUCUGCUCGCGAUUGGAAUUGAGUCUCUCUUUGGAUUUGGGUAUUACCCAGAAUUUCGAAUACCCAAAAAUGAAUUUUAUUAUUGAUUUUCCUAACCCGUACAAACAUCUUUGCGACAUGAUCGAGUUUGUAAAACAAUAUGCGCUCCAGCCGGGACAAGACACUUGGUUUAUUGAUGAGUUCAUUCUCACCGAUUAUACGACGAACCCUCUAACAGUAUUUUAUGGGAUAACGGAAAUGCAAUUGAUGGAUCAUUCGUCGAAGAAGACUAAGCCUUUCAUCAUCCAUGUAAUUGAUGCAAAAGUAAUGGACACGUAUAAUUUGCCAGCUUGGGAACUUCUCAUGCAUCUUUUUAAUACUUCGUUGAUAGUCCAAUAAGCUUCUAUUCCAAUUUCAUUUCACAUUUUACGACAAUUAUGUGAACACGACUCCGACCUACAAGCCAAAUUUAAUUGUGGGAUUUGACGUGAUAUUUAAAAUGCCUGAAAGCUGGUCGGAAUGUAUACAAAUGAUACAGGUACAAGAUUGUCCAUUUUUUCUGACCAAUCGUUCGCGAUCCGACUCGCUAGAAAAUAUGAAAAUCAUAAAUAUAGUUUUGCAUGAUAAUAUACAACCUUUUCAUCAGGCUGCGAAUAAAUUUUGUAGUUACGCACCACAUAGAGACUUUAACACUGAGUAUGCAUAUGUCCUUAAUAAACAUUUAAUGAUCUACAAGAACUUGUAUGGAAAAUAUAUAGAAUGAGUGUACGUGUAAAUUUUUAAGAUUUAUGUAAAUUUAUAAGAUUAUAUACUAAUAUAUUUGAUCAUACAUAUUUUGAUAACAUUGUUGUAAAUGAUAUAGAAAGUAAGUUAUUUUUAUGAUUGAAUUAUGAAUUUUUUAUAUUAUUUUAUAUCUAUAAUAAUUAUAUUAUUUUUCACGUAAAAGCCAUCGAUAUGCUGUACCUGUCAUGACUACAAAUUGUACAAUUUAACAUAAUAUGCAAGGACAACGAAAGUUUCUAAACGAUGUUUUAAAGACGUCCUAUUUUAUUCAAAUUUCUUUUAUAUAUCUCUCAGAUGUCUUAAAGCUAAAAAGUGAGAUUAAGUUGUUUAAGUUAAGUUAUAAGUUGUUAAUUAAGUUUUAAGGUGUUUUACUGUGAACCACGUAAAAAGUUUAUGUACAAUAAUUAUUUUAAUAAAAAUUAUUCAAUAAUA